AUGCCUUAUACCCUUGCAACCACCGGUCUCUCGCUUUAUUCCAUCCCUGCGGCAUACUUCGCUGCAUUAUACCCCCAUAUUUUGAAGAACAUACUCAUCCAAAAAACGAUUGGUUUGAACAAUGUACACCCUCGCUCUCAACUUAAGCGCCUUGAGGAGAAGAACCCGACAGUCUUCGCCCGCGCAGACCGUAUGUACAGCGCCCACGUCAACGGCAACGAAAUAUUCCCGCUUUGGGCUGCCGCUGUGUUGGCCGGCAACUACGCCGGCCUCAGUCCUGAGACCCUUAACACAUUCGCGCUGGCGUUCAUCGGCUCCCGAGUGCUUUACAACACGAUUUACAUUAGCGACUCCUUGAACAGGAUAGCAGGUGGUCGCCUGCGCUCGCUCGUUUGGAUGAUUAGCGUCGUGACGCCUCUCACACUCCUUUUCAAGGCCGCGAACAAGCUAUCCGCCUGAUGUGCAUUACGUCAGUGGCAGGGACCUACUUAGUCCGUUUCCUUGCGUUGUAUGAAAACAUCAGCUUUCAAACGUGUGAUUCCGGACGGGCCACAGCACCAAGUACAUGCUUUAUCAUCAGGUCCUGACGGAUCGAAUCAACUCCUAGCCACUUUGCGGAGACGGCAAGCCUCAAAGAGAACCGGCGGCGGAUAUGCUUCAUUCUUUUGAUCUUAUUAUAUUUGCCCACGUGACCUGAGGGAGACGCGUUCAACUGGGGUCGCGCGGUCGCGGGUGGUUUGUUGCAUAUCGAAGAGCAUCUAUAUACCUACAACCUGAUCCCAUCUCCAUACCCACUGUAAUCAACUGGUAGAAAUUGAACAUGAUGGCAUAUCCCC